GUGGAUGGCACAUCACAUCGGCAUCCGAUAUUAAAAUUACGAUGCUCCGUGGAAAAUUGUGCUCAAUGGCUAUCGAUGGCUGGUGCCAUUUAUUGGUGAAAUAAUUAAACUUCCCUCUCGACUCGAACUCGAAAGUGCAACGACACGACAAAGUGCCAUUUUCCGGUUUCGUAAAGUAGCUAGAACGGAACUAAUAAGUGAAGUAGAGUUUUUACGGCCCUAGGAUAUUAGAGCUGACCAGUUUUUCCUCUAGCUAGGUGUGUAACGUAGAGAACAUUUUUGCGCAAGUUUUCCGUCGGUUCGGCGUAGUAUCCGGAAGUUACAUAUGCAGAAUCUGCUGGGAAACAGGUCGGCUAACAUCUUUGCAAGGAUACCAUUCGACUGCUGCCAUUUUCAAUUGCGGUGAAGUGCUCGUGCCGUUCAGCAAAAGGAUAUAUGAAAAGAAUGUGGGGCUGGAAAAAUGAAUUGUGCGACUGUGAAAAUGGUGAUUCACCCAUAAGAUAUAGCCACAUGCCAGUCAGUGUGAUUGUGUAAUUAUCCAGCCCUUACCGCACCACAGUGCAGUGCUGGGAUUAUUGCGUGGACACGCAGCAGAGAGAAAAAGGAUCGAUUCGGGAAAGUGAAAGGAGCAAUACCCGUAGUCAAAUUAAACGUGUGCUGUAUCCGUGUCGGAAAAAGGAAGGACAAGCAUAGAGCCGACGAAACGGUCCAAUUAUAACGUAACAUAAAAGUCAGCGAUUAACGUCACCUCAGACGGAUUUACACGUCCUUGCGGAUUAACGACUGCACACAAUUCGUCGCGCCAAAUGACGUCACCGAAGAACUGCAUCAGCACCACAAGCAUCGUAACUAGUGCCACAACAACAGCCGCCCACACUACCGGCAGCAGCACCGCCAACAACAUCAGCACCAGCCAACACAUCCCGUCCGCUCUGACCGUGUCGAGCCGUAUCCUGCGGUCGCCUUCGCACGAGAGUUUCUCGACGGACCUUUCGUUGAUUUCGAUUUCCGUCUCGUCGAUGGCAUCGGAAGCGACAAGCGUGCUGAACCGUUCCAGCAGCAGUCUGCUGACCAAAACCAUGGAAGACAAGCUGGGAAAUCUGAUGCAGAAGGAUGCCAGGAAAAAUCGGUCGUCAACGCUCACGGAGAAAUGGAGCGAAAGCAACGAUCUUAUUCGCAACUGUGCUACGCUCUCGGCUGCCCUAGGCAUUCACAAGAGCUUCAGCACAACGGACAUCUACCAGCUACCGUCCGAUCAGCACAACCUUGGAGGGAGGCUAUCGACCUCGGAGCUGGCCCUAACUCCAUUCCAGAAGGCCGGCUAUCUAUUCGAUCAUCCUCGCCUCGACCACACAUCCCGGUCCUACUCAACUUGGGUUGCCGUAGGAGAACUGGCUUCCACGUCCCAACUGCCUUCGCCCCAUGGCGGACAAUCCUCCAAUCAGGUUCCCACGAUAUGCAAUACCACUCCCACGCCUAGUUUCACCGUGUCGGACCUGAUCAGCUCGGUCAACAAGAAAAUUCGCCAAAACUACAUCCGACGACGGUUGUACAACACUUACCGUGCCAUCGAAAGACUGUCCCAGAGCGAGUUCAACCUGGACCGCUUGGAAGCGGCUGCGUUCGCGGCCAACAACUUCAGCAACCCCGGGCCAACGGAACUCGUCGUACCUACAACUCAUGCUUCCGCAUCGCCGGUCGGUGGUAAAUCCGUCAACCUGGAUUCCAGUCCGGUGGCCACGGGAUCGGUUAGCCCAUCGGCUACCCCGGUACUGGUGGCAACACAGCCAGCGAAAAAAUCUUCUAGCAGCAGUAGCAAGUGCAGUGCCAAAAAGAACCUAACCUUUCUGGACAUUGAAAGCGAACGAGGUAAGCCACUGUCCAAGUACGAGCGCCACAUGCUCAUCUUCAACUGGUUGCACACGAUCGACGAUUCACCGAUGGAGAUCGAGAAUUGAUUGGUGCAGGGUGGGACGCAGUGAAUCGAAUCGUGAGUGAGUGUUUUAUAAAAGACAAACGGACAGACGGACAAACAAAUAAAUUCUCGAUGUUUAACUUCAUUAACUGUUAUUCGUGACAUUACACAUCAACUUGUGGAAACUACAAUUAACAAUUGGCUACAAAGAAUUAGGUAUAUCUAAAUAAAGAAGCGCAUGUAUGUAGGAUAAAACGAGGAAAAAACUCAGCUGUCAUAGAACAUGUAGUUAACUUGAAGCUAAAACCAAAAUUUGGUCAACACAAAAGCCAACACAAACAAUGAACAAUGAAACCGAAAAAGCUUUCAACCUAUCGCGGCUUAAUGAUUUUCUUCGCUGCUACCGCGCGCCGUUAAUAGGUUUUACUCGUUUUGUAGGAUAGGCCUAAUCUACUUAAAAAUGUUUAAAGAAAUGAUGUCAUAACAAUACGGUGUGGCAAAUCAACUAACAGUAUUUGUACGUAGGUAUUUGUAUUAAUAUCAUUUUCUGUGAUAUGUUGUACAGUUGGAGAGCCUUGAUUUAGGAAAAAGAAAUGAAAUUUUACGAAAGCAUUGUAUUUUUUGUUUGUUAUUUUUUUUUACUAAAAUCAAAGAAAACAUAUGUCCAAGGUUCUCAGUCUAGCAGCAAUGGUCGAUUCACCUAAUCAGUAUUUUCUUUUUUUUUAAUUUCUUAAUCAAGUUUAGAUAUCAGAUCUGGGUUCUACUCAAAUCUGGGAAUGUUAUUUCCAGGGUAGUUGACAAUAUAUCAGGUUGAAGAAAAUCACCUAAUUCAGAGUAUUAUAUAUUGUUUGGUGCCUACUCGUUGGUAAAUAAAAAUUCUUUGAUUUUUACAGUUUUGUUACAGGUUCUUGAAAAUACUUCCAGCUAGAAAUAAUCACAAUUUUACUAACUACACAGAAUGCCUGAUUUAUCAAGAAGAAAGGAGAAAAGAAUUUAAAAACAUCCGUUGGUGAAAACUCCUGCAGAAGUUUCCAGCGAGAAAUUAAGAGAUAAAUUUUCAAAUGAAGAAAUUAAGCAGCUUCUGGUGAAAAUUUUCUCAUUAGAAUCCAUAUUGAUUAACUGGAAAGAAAAUAUCUUUUGAGAAUUCUAAGCACCGUCUUGUAUCUCAUAUGCAUAUGCAGCUCCAUCUGUCAUAUGUAUCUCAUAUGUAUGCAUUCAGAAGCGCAACCAAAAGUUUUAGAUUCCCCAUGAUUGCUAGAGAUCUGUUCAUUCAUGAACUGCUCCGUGAACUUUGUUGAAAGGAGGAACCAAGAAGAUCCUAUGGAUUCUAGGUAUAGGAAAUCGUAGCAAUUUCUACAACAGUUCCUUCUGGUGUUCCUUCAAGAGUUCUUUCGCCAUUUUCAUCCACUGGCUCCACAUAAAACACACUCCGACCUUAAUUAACGUCCACUAUCGGGAGGGACCAUUGAAAUACACAUUAUUACUAGAUGCUAAAUAGUUUACCUUCUCCAUGUGUACGGCAAAGUUUGAUUACAGACCAAGGGCUAUCAUGUGUGGCCAUUCACUAUUUGGAAUUAUGACCGCAGAUGGCAACACUGAUCGAUCGAUUUGCAUAAGACCGUCCAUUAACUGGGAGUGUUGCUAGUUAACAAGUAAAGUUUCAGCUUCUCUAUGCCGGGAUCGAAAGCAGACAGAAAUGUGUCGUCUUCGACCAAGUUGUUCAGAAGGACAAAAAUAUUCUGGUGAUUCACCAAUUAGUUGGUGAUUUCACCGCUAGGUAGCGCUAGGUUUGAAGUAAAAUUUAAGACUUUUCUAUCAUCUCGGUAAAGGUGAAGGCAUUCAUCCAUGGUUUCACUUCAUUUUUUUUAAUUUUAUUUGAAAAAUAUUUCUUCCAAGAACUCAUCAAUAAUUCUUUUAUGGGUCUCUUGGAAUUACCCUAGGAGUUCUCUCUGGUAUGUUUCUUUACGGAUUUCUGCUCAGGAUCUUCUCUAGAUAUUCUCGAUUGGAUUUUAUAGAUCUCCUGGGAUAGCUUGGGAUAUUUCCAGAACACUAUCUAGAACUUUCUCAGCAUUCCUGCGGUGGAUUAUUCUAGAAAUUUCUUUAAUAAUUAUUCCCGAAAAUCCUCAAUUUUUUUAGGAUAGAUUAAUUUUGAGAUUAAGUCCUGGGAAAUUAUUGGAGCGAACUUCUGGAGGAUUUGCCGAAAGAACCCUGUCGGAAUUUUUGAAGGAACUGCCGAUGAAAUUCUUGAAGGGAGUUCCUGGAGGAAUUUCCGUAGAAUCUGCUAAAACCCGUAACAUCUCUUAGAGGAAUUUGCUAAAUAACUACAGAUGAAUUUUAAAAGGAACUCCUGAUGGAUAUUCAGUAUAUCUAGAAGAAUCCAAGAAAAAUCCUGGACGAUUAUUCGAAUGGACUCCGAAAGGAAUUUCCAAAGAAACUCUGGCAAACACUCCGUAACGAUCGGCCAUACUCCUCUUUUGAGCGUUACGUAAUUUGUGAACGGCACCUUUAUCUUUUGCGUACAACAUUUGAAAAUUUCAUCUAAAAGAAAUGAUAAAUUCAUAAAGUUCUUGAGUGUUUUCAAAACCAAUACCAUGUAUGUUGUGUAACCAUAAAGAUAAGACUUUUAGUACUUAGUAUUGGUACUUUUGAUUCAUCAAUACGAGUGUUUGAGUUGUAAUCUAUGAUUUUCCAGUGACGACCAGUGAAAGAAUGUACUGCAUAAGAAAUUCAGAAUGGUUGUAAAAGGUUACGGCAAAAAAAACUCAAAUUUCAAUUUUCAAGGAAAACCUUAGAGAAGUAAAGCCAAUCGACCAUUAUAAAAACGUUCUACGCACCAUUAGGAGAAGACAUGAUGCCAGAUCUCAAAAUACAUUUAAAAUAACAUCAGUUUUAAUGAAACAUUGAGUCAAAGUUUUAGUCAUUAUCUACAUUUGAACAGAUGAAAAAUGUCUUAGGCUUGGACAUAAUGUCAAGUUGAAACUUCAAAAUGUUAAAACAUACUUGAUCCAAAUACAAAUUUUUCAUUACACUUGAAAUUUAAGUUCAAAUGUUACAAAAAUAACGGAGAUUCCUUAGAUUACGAUUAUAUUAUUUAUAGAAAUCAAACAUUAUUAUCUUUUUAGGUUACCAAGCUUUCAAACGAAGAGAAAAAUAAACGUACAAAUACUAAACGGUGCAAGUUUAGACAUAUGUCUCAACAGAUAACAUCAGAACUCUGAUUUCAUUAAAUUAGUCACAUUCUCCAAUAUAAUCUAUAGACUAAAUAAAAAAAAAACGAAACCAAAUCUUAACCAAAAAGCUAAACAAGCUGUGAAGAACAUUAGCUGAAGCAGGCAACUUAAUUAGCUAAAACGUCAUGAAAGUGAAGCGACAGCAACAACAACCAAAACAGGAUAUAAUUGGCAUCUAUAUUUUAAUAGAAUAACUUUACGGCUUCACCAUGAGAUGGAAAUCAACCGCAAGGUGAUAAAGAAAGGAUAUCAUACGUAUUUUAUCGAAUCUCUUUUUAUCGUGUAUCUUCGAUCGUUCAGGUGCAGCGACAAGCCACCCAUCAAAGAGGAGUUUCCUACACCUCUAGCCAUACGACGACGUUAGGUGAAUAAGGGGCGAUUUCUUCACCCUGGCUUAAGCGUUAAGCCAGGUUUAACUGUAUGGGUAAGCCUGGCUUACCGGUUAAGCCGAGGUGAAGAAAUUGGCCCUAAGGAAAACAGACAGAAUCGAAGCAAAGUCGGGUUAGCAUCAAAACUUUCAAAUGAAGAUUUUUGACAAACCUACAACUUGAACUUGAAAUUUGAAAAUUUAUUUGUUGCAAUUGUUCCAGAUAACCUGAACCAAAAGCACAUAUUCUAUCUGUAUGACGAGAAUUUUCAAAAUUUUCAGUUGAUAGAUAGAGUUUGAGUUUUGCUUUCCAGCAGCUGCCGCAUGAACAUAAGUAGCAUGAUUAGUUUGAAUACAUUUUGCUGUUCGUGUUCCACUGAUUAAGAGAACAUUAUUUUCUCUUAGAUAGGUAGCUAUGGUUAUUGACUGCCUGAUGAUGGGUAUGAGUAUUAUUAACUUUCCAAUUCAUCUGUCGGGCACACGUUUCGACAACUUUUUAACAUUCCAAGCAAUUUCUAAAUUUGAAACAGUACCCCCAGCAUUUUGGAAAUAGUAGAAAUAUCUUCUUUUAUCGAUAUGGACGAUUAUAGUAUUAAAAACUCCACCCUUGCAGCAAAAUGUUAUAUUUCCAGCACUAAAUAGUUUUUGGACAAUUUCUGUAAAUUCAGAGAUCAAUAUAUAUUUUAUUGGCGACAAACGGAACCCAUGGAAUUUGGAAUGAGAUAAAUUCUGUAUAAUUUCACAAAACUUUUUUUUAAGUUUUGCGUUGCACAACUAUUUUAUAAGAGCAAGACCGAUAGAAAUCUUGAACCAGUCUUGAAAAACGCCAGUGGUGCAUUUGCUUAAGCAUAAUGCAAAUAAUUUCCAACAGGCUUUAGAUAGCUACCGAUGAACGACUUCAGUGAUAGUGGUUGGUAUUUCUUCGGCCACGUGCACUGUAAAAUACAUAGAUGGUAGGGAUAUACCUAGCGAUAUACCGCACUGACAGACAUCAGCCAAAGUGCUGUGUGACGCAAAAAUGACGACAAUGUCAACCAACCGAAGCGACACUUUUGCUAACGAUCCGCAUUAUGUUCGAUUGGAUGCCCCGUUGAAGGACGGCUGGAUGGGACGGGAUCCCGAGUGAGUGAUGUUACUUAUAAUGAGAAGAGAAAAUAAACAUGCAAAAGAUGAAGAGUCGUCUGGCUGGUGGUGUAUGACUUCACUCUGGUGCAGCUUGAAAAGUCACGUGUUUUCGGAGCGAAAAUAAGCAAAAAACAUGAAAUAUCCUGAAGCAAACAUAAAAUCUAUUGAACAAUAUUCCAGUAAAUGCCAUGAUGAACGAUCGGUGAAGAAAAUGGUCUAAUAAAAUAAUGAUGAAACAGUUUUAGUGUAUUUCUCUACAGUUGUGAAAGGCCAAUCGACUCAACUCAUGGGUCCACGUUUCGAACGGUAAGUAGCAAAGUAAUCUGAAACAUCGUAGUUGCUACUGUAAUAUGGUCAAAUCUACUACCAUACUUUAUAAGUUUAUAAGGAUCCAAUGAGAUAACUGUUUGGAGGCUGUCCAUGUCUAUUAAUUCCGUAAUAGUAGUUUACGCAACAAGGUGCAGAAUGACGAUUUUUACAGCACGAGUCGUACAUUUAUCCAACGAGGCUUGCCGAGUUGGAUAAUUACGACGAGUGCUGUAAAAAUCGAGUUCUGCACCGAGUUGCGUACAACGUUUUUUGCAAGUUCAUAAAUUACCGCUUGAGGAUAGUUUUCAACAAAACUUUUGCAUCAAACUGCACACUGAUGAUCAUAGUUAUGUUUAAGAAAAUCUGAUCAUAGCAGGUUAUACUGUGCAGUUGUCACAAUUUUUCAAAACUGCGUCCAGAAAUGGUUCAUUACGCAACGCAAAUCAGUGCUGUAAUGAACCAUUACAGCACUGUUAGUUUGGUGUGGGAAAGUAGGCCUUUUCCUGUCAGAUUUGCGUGAGGUAAAACAGCCUAUUACGAUGAGAAAUUGCAAAAAGUAAUUUUCAUUACUUUUAGUUAGAAAUCCAGCGUUAAAUUAAUCAGAGACCGUGUAGGAUGUCAUCACAUAGUUAAUCAAAGCACGACUAUUGUAAUACUAUCUUUAUUUUUAAAAUCUUCCGAGACUGAUAUAAUCAUAACAUUUAACGUAUGUAGUACAUAUUUUCUAAAGUAGACGGCUCUCCUAGUAAGUUCUGAUACGAAUAUUUUACAGCAACAUUCCAUGUAUAUAAAUUGUUGAAUGCAUAAUAAGUAGGUCGCACUGCAUACUCAUCUAUUCGUUAUGUUAUAUGAUAAACUGUAACUGUAUACCGCCAACAACUCUCGUCGGAUAAAAUAAAUUCUUUUCGCUGCCAUUCAUUUCCUGUGAUUUGCUUUCCGCUUUCCUUAAACAUAUGUGUAAGUUUUUCACAUCUCAGUCCUUAUCGUUACUGCUUGAGAGUACACUCUGGAGGCAAAGUAAUUGUCACAUACAAACCCCCCCCCCCCCCAGUCCACCCGUGAAGAGUAUGAAGAGGUGAAAGAUUGUAAUUCGUUGAGUUGGAAAUAAUAAAUACUGGAGCGGGAAUUCGUUUUCAACGGCAUUCGUCGAACGGAAUGCAAACUAAUACUAAUGGAUAUAUCAAGUAUAAUUAUGUUAGACCAAACGCAUUUAGUUACACUAAAAUACUAUUUCUGGCGUUUUGUAGAACAAUUAACAUUCGAUGUAAAAAUAAAAACAAUCCUAAAUGGCAAAUACAUAUUUUGCCCUUUGAAUCUAGUGGUAGCUUGGCGGAUCGAUGUUUGACAGUGGAUUCGUUGAAGUUUUUAAAAAUACUGUUGGAAUGUUUCGUUUCCUGUUUUGAGAUUUUAAGUAGAGGAUUUUUGAGUUUUGCAUGCAAUGAGCAGAAAACGGCUCCUUUAUCCACUCUACCCAUAUUGUUCUCGUUGGAAACACUUUUUUCUCCCAAGUAAGAAUAAUAUGAGAAUACAAUGAAUAGGAGUCGUUAACCUACUAGAACUGCUGUAACGAGAAUCAAGGGCGUUCAAAUGUCCUAUAUUCUAGAAGCUUUAUAUAAACUUUUUCUGUAAAAUAUGCUGACACAUAAUAAGGAGCUUAGCUUAGCUUUCAACAAAAUAAUCAUGUUAAAA